AUGUUCGAAUACAUCAACCGGGUUCAUGUACGACGUUUACACGUACAUCAGACGAUUAGCCGAACCUUCCGCCUCGCCGACGACAUUUUGGCUGACAUAAGGACCUUUACAGCAUCCCCCGAGGACAUGAGGGCCAUAUCACCCAACCCGGACCUGAUCGCCGAAAUCAACGCAUCAUCGGGUGUGCAAUAUCCUGUGACUAUAAAAGGAUCGUAUCUGAUUGAGAAUCCAGCCUUAUGUUCAUCUGUGCCUGAUUUGUCCGUGUUAAUCAUUGUUCAUACCGCUCCAAACCAUUUUGAACAGCGCAAUGCAAUGAGAAAAACUUGGGCUAAUGAUACGAAUUAUAAUUCCCUAGGAAAGGUUAAGACAUUGUUUCUUUUUGGUACAGUUCAUAACCAAACGGUUCAGAUAGAGUUGGAAAAGGAAUUCAAAGAACAUCAAGACUUCUUACAGGGAGAUUUCGUCGAUGCUUACAGGAACCUUACACAUAAAGGUGUUAUGGGGUACCGCUGGGUUUCCGAGCGGUGCCGGAACGCGAAAUAUAUCCUUAAAGUUGACGAUGAUAUCGUUGUUGAUAUGUACAGAUUAUUUACUAAAGUUAUACCAAAAUAUUCAAACAAAACGAAACAAAUCCUGUGCAAUCAUAUAUCACCGGGAACUAUGCGUAUCAUCCGAGAAAAGAAAAGCAAAUGGUAUGUGAAUGAAAAACAUUUUAAGAGACAGAAAUUUUAUCCUGAAUAUUGCAGUGGGUUUCUGGUCCUCUUUUCUAAUGACGUCAUACCAGCAUUAUUCAAAGCCACAACGGUGACGCCUUUCUUCUGGGUGGAUGAUGUGUAUUUGUACGGCCUUGCGCCAAGCCAUGUUCCAGGUAUUAAAUACAACGGAUUAGAACAAAAGGACCACAUGCUGGACGGCAACAAAGCUUUAAAGUGUUACAGAAACGAAACAAUGAAUAACCAGCAUAAAUGUGAUUACCUUGUUACUGGUUCUCGAAAAAUGCAAGUUUCAGUGGCAAUAUGGUCGGAAAUGACAAAACAGUACGAAAAAGUUUCAUUUUGUAGGAGUUUUACACUCGUAUUUUCCUCAAGUGCUAUACCUAAAGUGACGAGGAAAGAGCCAAAAAUAGAAGAGCAUGAAAGGGAUGUGACAGACACAGGAGAUAAGGAUUUGACAAUUAGACUGAAACAGUUAACAAACAAAAAUAACUCUGAUAUGAAGCCUUCUAACAGCAUGAAGAAAAAAAUAAUCAACACCGCCACAACAAAAACAUCAUCUGAUUCUAAAACUGAACGUGUAGUAAGUUUGAUGCAUAGGUUGUUGGACCAAAAACAAAAGAAAAAGAAGCGAAGGCAAAGACACGUUAUCUCUGAAAGUGAAAGCUGCACAAUAGAGGGAAAGAAAAAGAAGAAGGUUGAAGUAGAAGAGGUCACAGUCAAUGCAGUAACUGAUAAUGCCAUGGCUAUAGCUGGACUGAGCAAGAUGGUAGAAAAACUAAUAGAUAAGUUUGAUAGGAUGUCCGCGUCCAAUGACUCGAAACAGAGUAGUUAA